AUGAAUCAAAAGCAAAGAAAAUAUUCUGUUGAUUUGGGUGAUAUUGAUUCGGGCCCAAAGCAACCUAAACUUCAAAUAUUUCCACUAACAAAAUUUGGACCUCAAAAUAGAAGUUUUAAUGCUAAACACUAUAGUGAAUUUGAAUGGUUAGAAUAUAGUGUGUCUCGUGAUGCUGUUUUUUGUUUUAAUUGUAUUCAUUUUGCAAAGAAUGUAAAAACUGACAAUUUAAUUACAACUGGAUACAACAAUUGGAGAAAAUUGAAUGAAAAGUUGUUAAAACAUUCAAAAACUGUUCAACAUUUAACAUCAACUGUCCAGUAUAAUAGUUAUAAAAGCUCAAAAUUGACUGGCACUAUAGUUACUCAAUUAUCAACUGCUAAAAAAAAUGAAAUUUUAAAAAAUAGACAGUAUAUGAAAGUUCUUAUAAAUAUAACCCUCUUUUGUGCUAAACAGGGACUUGCUCUAAGAGGUCAUGAUGAAAAGUCAUCAACAGUUUCUAAUACUGGAAAUUUUAAAGAGCUUUGUACAUUAUUUGCAAUGAACGAUAAAGAGUUUUCAGACUUUUUUAACAGAAAAAUUAACUAUACAAGUUGGAUUAUUCAAAAUAGUAUACUUGAAGUUUGUUCAAAUAUGACAAUAAAUACUAUCAUUAGUGAAAUAAAAUACUGUGGAAUGUACUCUAUUAUGUUUGAUGAAGCAAGAUCUUAUAAAACAGAACAAUUAUCAAUAUGUGUUAGAUACAUUAUUCCUAAUAGCUAUAAUGUAUGUGAACGAUUUAUUGGAUUUUAUGAUGUAUCAAAUGGGAGAGGAGCCGAACAUAUUUCUAUUGAAAUUCUCUCUGUUCUAAAAAAAUUUGGCAUUUCUGAUAUUCCUCUUGUGGCACAAACAUACGAUGGUGCAAACGUUAUGUCAGGAUCCACAUCUGGUGUUCAAACUAGAAUAAGAGACUCUCACCCUGAAGCAAUUUUCAUUCAUUGUAUGGCCCAUAAAUUGAAUUUGGUUGUAACAAAUACUUGUAGAACUAUUAAGGAAUCUAAUACCUUUUUUAAUACUCUAGAAGCAGUUUAUGUGCAUUUUUCACAGCCUGGCAAAGAUAAGCUAUUACAAGAUUUACAGAAAUCCAUGCAAAUAAAAUCAUUAUCGAUUUCUAGAUUAUGUGAAACGCGGUGGUCGUGUCGUCUUAAAAAUUGUAAAGCAGUACAUAAUAGUUUUGGUGUAAUAGUAAAUAUUUUACAAAAUGAAAUAAAUGAAGAUACAAACAAAGAAGUGGCUCAAGCAAUUGAAAUCUUAGGAAUAAUAGAUAUAUUGAGUAAAAAAUUGCAAAAAAAAGAAGGAACAAUUGGAAAUGCUGUUAUUGAAAUUAAUGCUGUGAUAAAAACAAUUCAAAAUAUGAGAAAUGAAAAAUCAUUUGAUGUCUUAUGGAAUAAUGUGAUACAGUUUUUAUUGAAACAUGAUAUUGAUGAUUCACAUAAUACACCUGGACCUGGUGUAAUUAUGUCAUCAAAAAGAAAACGAAAAGAAUCUAUUAAACUUAAAAGUUUUCAUGUGUCUGUUACAACUGGUGCUGGAGGAAAUGACAUCUGUAAUCAAGGUGUUGACAUGAAUAGAACAGAAAACUAUAAACAAUAUUGGUGUUCUCAUGCAUAUUAUGCUGUAUUGGAUGCAAUUAUAGGCCACUUUGAGUUAAGGUUUUCAAAAGAGAGUUUGGAACUUGCAAAUUCAAUACAUAAUUUCAUUAAAUUAAAUAUGACUAAAAGCAUGAUGUUUAUUGAUCAUUACCAAGCAUUAUUUUCUAUUGAUAAAGAAGCAUUACGUUCUGAAAUGACUGUAGCACACAACUGUGCCAUACAGUUAAAACCAAAUUUUGGUUUAGAAGAAUUAAAAACCAUUAUUUCAAAAGAAGUCUAUCCUAAUAUUCAUUCCUUACUUAAAGUAGCCCUGAUACUACCUAUCAGUUCUGCAUCGUGUGAACGAUCUUUUUCAGCCAUGCGUCGUAUCAAAAACUGGACUAGAACAUCUAUGACACAAGAUCGUUUUGGUUAUCUUUCUGUAUUGCACAUCGAGAGAGAUAUUGUUAAUAAUCUAGACCUCAAUAUUAUACUAGACGAAUACUCAAAGAAAGACCGUCGUAUAGAUUUAAUAUUAUAG